CUCGAUGAACUUUCGGAUCCAUCCAUGUCGAUGUCCAAGCUAUUAAUAAUAAAUAGCAGCUCUGUUCCGAUAUGUGUGCAUGAGGUAUAGUAUUGAAGUCGUGCAACAAGAAGCAAGGGCAACACACCUGCACACAGUGCAUCAAUUGCCACUGCAGCAAGUGUUGAGUUCACGGGUUGCCAGCUGAGUGAGUACACCCGGCAGUACACUGCUUUGCUAUGGAAGCUGACAGGAGAUCGGAUGUGAAAGCCCCUCCAUUGACAGAAAUUUUCGGUCAAGGGGAUCAUGGUUACGAUACGUUCAGAAUUCCUGCUAUUGUCUACAACCGCCGGACUUUUCUGGCCUUUUGUGAAGCUAGGAAGAGUUCAUUCCGUGACUGGGGAAGCAUCAUGGAUUUGGUUCUACGGAGGGGAAUAUUGAAAGAUGAUGAAGUGAUAUGGGGCGAUAUUCAAGUCAUAGCGUCCAUCCCUGAAUACAGAGCAAUGAACCCUGUGCCCAUAGUCAACAAAAGGAAUAACAGCAUAGUUGUAGUCUUCGUUGCAUUCCCUCAGGACCUCUCUGAAGCUGACCUUAUCAAAGGCCAGGAGUACAAGCAGAAAGUCCUGGUAACCAAGUCUAGAGAUAAUGGGUUGACAUGGAGCAAGCCACGUGAUAUCACAGAGACAACAUUAGGAAUGAUGGAUCCCCGUCCCCAUAUAUAUGCAUCAGGCCCAGGGCAUGGAAUUCAGUUGAGUUCAGGACGGCUGGUUAUUCCUGGCAAUGUGUUCUGGAAACCACCACAUGAACCUGGCUUCCUUUCAGAGCUCAAACACAAGAUUCUGGAGUUCUUUGAUUGUUUCUACAAUGCCCAGUGUCGUUCCAUGGUGAUAUACAGUGAUGAUGGAGGAGAAACAUGGGAGCGGGGAGGCAGUGUACCAGCUGCUUUUGAUCAGGAUGGACAGCUAGUAAAUGCCAAUGAAUGCCAGGUGGUUGAGUUUGAUGAUGGCAGGGUUUACAUCAACAGCAGAACCCUGGGUGUUCAGUCACCACGGCAACAAGCUUUCAGCCAAGAUGGCUGCUUGACCUUUAACCCUGGAGAGCUGGCCACUCAGCUUCCUGAACCUGGACACACCCUGACCAAAUGGAUUCCUUCAGUUCGUAACUUUGGUGGAUGCCAGGCCAGCAUUUUUGGUUUUCGUGCUCCCCGUAAUGUGCCACCAGAGGCGUACGACACUGGCACAUGGAUCCUGUUCUCUAACCCCGCUAGCACGGAGACGCGUGUCAAUAUGUCAGUGCGCCUCAGUCGCAACGGGUGCCGGACAUGGAGUACCCCUUGGCAGCUGAACUCUGGGGCCAGUGCUUACUCAGACCUGGUUGGCUAUGAGACGCGCAGCAAUGAUGGGACACCAGUAAUGAACUUUGCUUGUCUGUACGAAUGUGGAAGUUUACACCCUUACGAGAGGAUUGUGUUCCAGACCUUCUCUCUGGCAAAGAUAAUGGAGGGCAUCGGCAUGGCAACCAAAGCUGAUCCCAACCAUCAUAUCCCAGAAAGUAGAGCAGAUACGCAAGAUUAACUCAUAUUUCAAAAAUUGUAAUUUGCUUUUUUCUGUGUAGCACAUUGUAUUUUUAAAAAUGACAGUCAUCCUCAACAGUGUCCAUGUCUUUGGAUGUUUUUCAGAAAAUGUCAUUGGUUUCUAUUAGCUGCAUAAGAAUGCAGUGUUUUGAUCCAAGAGUUUAUUACUGUAGCACGUUUACAAGCUUUUAUCAAGUGAACAAAUGUUUUAAGAGUUUAUCCAAAACUGUAACAUUCCAGAUUUGUUCUUACUUUGCCUUUACAGUACUGCUUUUAUUCAGUUAGAGUACUAUAUUUAGGAUAUUUAUAUUUCUUUGCUGUUUCUGAAAUAUUUGCAGCUCUCAUUUGAAUCAUUGAAAAGGAUUUGACUUUUUUCAGUCCUUCACUGUCUGAUGUUUGUGCUUUUGUAAAAUGUAAGUUUUAGUGGAUAGGAAAUGUCCUUUUUUUCAAGGUUUUCCAUAUUUGAAGAGUUUGACUUGCUUUAGUUUGCUGAUGUGACUUACCGUGUAUAAUUAGAUAAAUUCUUGAGCUGAGGCCUGGUCUGUGAGACACAGAUACAAUUUGUGCAACCUCAUUCUCAUUUUGUGAAGCAGGUUACAAACUUCUGCAUAUAACAUUCAUAACAAUCCUAUACACUUCAUAAUGUACUCAGCAUCACAGAGUAUACCCAGUACCUGCACAUCAAUGUACAAAAUGUUUGUAGCAUGGAAAAACACAUACUUCUUGAGGGCAACAUUACACCUUUGUGCCACACCGCUGUCUAAAACAGUUCUAUUUUGUUCUAUUUUGAAAUGUAAAGUUUAACAAUAAUAUGAUUGUAGACCCUUUAUAUAAUGUUCGCAGAGGUGAUAACCGUGUUCAGGACUUCCUGAGGAAGUGCCCUGUAAGCAUAAUGUCCAUCUCUAAGCUUGACCCGAAGUUUAUAGCUUUGUAUAGCUUAAAGAUGAAGCGAACAGCCAAAAACAAUGUUUUGGAGUGAAGUUUGGCUGUGCUGUGGACAGCCUCAAGAAGCAGAAUAUAUUUGUCUCCACUUUAGUAGUAAAGGAUUGUAGAUUUCGUCAUCACUGAAUCACACUGGAAGUUCUAGACAUUUAUGUAUUAACACCACUCCAAAGCAGUCCAAUACUGUUCAUCUCUGACAUCUGUUUACCCUGGUGCUUCAUUGAAUCAAAAUGGAUACAAUUAAACAUUUUUGUUCCUGGCCCUUUCACAGGUUCACAAAAAGGGGCUUGCCGUGAGGGUCUUGCACCUCUGAAGCCCAGGUACAAUUCCCGACUCAGUCCACAUGUAGAUUGGGUUUUCAGUCCCUACAUGUACCUGACUCCAUGGCUUUUACCCAGAAUAUUCCUCUUGGGUUUUC